UUUGUCAGAUUUGGAAACUGUUAGUAUGGUUGGAACUUUGCAUAUAAAAUUAGGAAAGUCGCCAAAUUGUUUAGUUUUUUUUCUUUUAUACUUUUCCGAAUUAGCCUUAAUUAUUUAUGAGAUGAAAACAGUGCUUUCAAUUCCAUUGACUUGGCCAUCCCUUAAAGGCACUGGAAGCUUCACUAUAUGAAAAUGUUUUCUUUUUCUUUUAGAUUGUGUACAAUGGGAGUGAGUGAUGUAAUCUUCUAAUGCGUGUGGUGAAAAGAAGGCGAAACCGUUAUUGUUUUUCUGCCCAAAUUUGAAGCUAUUUAAUAAAUCUUAAUAAAGUUAAAAAAACUGUUUUGAUUUGUUUGUUUUUGUUUUAAUUGUUUCCCGUGAGUUUUCGAAAUUCGUUCCAGCAGAUUCUGUGGCUUCUACUGUCGGUAUUUUUACGUGAAAAAAAUACUGUUUUGUUGUAAGGUCAUUUACGAAAUCGUUAACGUUAGGACCAACUUCUGCGGGUUGUACAACUCGAUGUAUUACAUAUCUUUCGGAAUACUGCUAAAAGUGUAAUUUUGUAUUGCGCUCUUUACUUUUAUCAUUCUGUGGGAAAAGGCGGUACAAAAUUUAACACGCGUUAUUCGUUUUUGUUAGUUUCGCGUAAUCUAAUUUUCUCGCACAUUUUGAAAAGAAUAUCCCACGCACAUCAAAUACUCGCGCAGUCUAAGAAACAAGAAGCGCUAGGGACAAAGUAUUGGAUAGUUUAAUUUUGCUUGCAACUUGUGAAAUGCUUCGCAACCUUUUUUUUAAUUUCUAGUUUUUCUCUCGUCGUUCCCCAGACAAAAAAAAGAGACAAGGAGCCCUGGGAUCGAGGUUAUCCGAAUUUAUUACUUGGAUCCUGAAAUCCAGUGUGGUUUUAGUUCAUGCUUUUUAAACACAACAUGUGAGCAAGGGUGCUUUCGUUUUGAUGUCGUUUUUUUAAAUUCAGGAAAUUAACUUUUAAUGUAUGAAAUGUAAGAAUCAUUCUGUUAGAACAUAUUAUGCAAGAAAUUAGUGUUACUAAGGUUGAAACAGCUGGCUGUAUACUUUGUUGUCCUAAAACAUCAGAUGACAAUGUGGAUCUUUAUCUUGAGUUUUUGGCAGCGUUAAACACAAAAUACGAACACAAAAAAGAUGAUGGAACAAUUUUUACACCGGAAGUGGGACAGGUUUGUGCUUGUUACACCGCUGUUGGAGAUUCAGAAAACAAAUUGUGGUACAGAGGAAAGGUUAUCUGCUUGUUUAACAGCCCUGGGUUUAUUGCAAAGGUUUUGUUAGUUGAUGUUGGAAAGUGUGUAUGUAUCACAAGGGCAAGAAUGAGGCAGUUAAGUGAAGAAUUUGUUUCCUUCCCACACCAAGUGAUGAAAUGCACUCUCAAUAAUAUUGUCCCAAUCACGUUAGGUUCAAAUGCCGACCUGUCAACAUCUUUUCAAAAAUCACAUCAUUGGGACAGUGCUGCAAACAGGUACAUGGAAGAUCUAGUCAAAGAUGCACAAAUGUACAUGGAAACAACAGUUGUUGAUAAUGAAGGAACUCAUCUUAUAGUUUUAUACAAGAAAAGAGACAAUGAAGAUUUGAUAAACGUAAACAAACUUCUUGUAAAAGAAAAUUUUGCUACAUGGAAACACGUAGGUAAUGACGUGUUGUGCCAGCAGAAUAUAAACACAUAUUCUCCAGCUGACAAAAGAGAAUUAAUUACUAAUCGCUUUGAUGUUGCUGGCAACAAUGUUAGCUGUGCUACACCUACACCAAAUACGAAAAAUAUUACUUCUUCCAAUAACUUAAAUGUUAAUAACACUACUCCAUCUCUUAGCCACACAGCUUUGGUAGUUGCACAGUAUCAAAGAGACAGGCAAGCCCAAAAGAAGGAACAACAAAAACGUAUAAAAGAACAUGCUAAUAAAGAUUGUGAAGAGUUGUUGCGUUUAUUAAAUGAUGAUCACACUCUUUAUGACAGGUCAGCAGUAAACAGUGGAGAUAGCACAUCAGAGCUAUCUGACAUGGAAAGUACUCCAGUUCCAAAGAUGACUUCAUAUAAGAAUGUUCAAUCUGCACGAAAUCCCAUGGAAAUGCUAAAUGAAAAACUUGGAAAAGAAGCCACAGAUAUUUUAGCAAGAGGCUUAGGAAUGACAGAAGAAGAGUACCCAACUAAAACUUCUAAACGUGUUUCUUUUUCAUCACAUAGUGAAGUACUGGGUCCAAAUUUCUCUUCAGCAUCUAAUGCUGAUGCAGAAACUCCUCUGAAGCCAUUUGAUUUUAUAGAUUCAAAUAUAACUUUUAGAAGGGAAGGGAAUGGUGCCAACAUAGUGGACACAUCCUAUCUUCUAAAGGCUCUGUCAGUAGGUGCACCGCCAUUGAAGUUAUCAGCACAGUUGAAAACAUCAACAAGUGAUGUUUUAGUGAGUGGAAAGUUAAAACGUGAACCUUUCAGAGAUUUAGGCGAUUUAAACUUGCCCCUGCCUAUCAGAACAAGUUUGAAGGAGUUAAAUUUUCAGGCAGCCGACCCAUUUCAAUUACAUAUAUGGCCUGCUCUUAUGGCUUCAAGAAACGUUGUUGGCAUAGCUGAUAUUUGUAAAAACAACACACCAAGAAUAUUAAGUUACAUGUUACCACUUUUAAAAAGCAUCAUUAGCCCAGGUGUCAAACAAAACCUUACAGAAAAAGGCAAUGGGCCCCUCAUCGUUAUCUGUGUUGGAGGUUGGAGUGAAGCUCAACAGGUUUAUGAUAUUUGCGAGUUGCUCACUUUGUACUUCCAAAAAAGUAUCAGAGUUGACAUUAGAUAUGGUGGCAUGGAUAAUGUCGAAGAAAGAAAUAUAAGAUUAAUCAAUGGCUGUGAAAUACUAAUAUCUACUGUUCCGUCACUAAAUAAAAUGGUAGAAGCAGGAUACACAAACUUGAAUCGGCUCUCUCACAUCGUAUUUGACAACUGUGAUUUGCUUGUUGAAAAGUUUACCGAUGAUAUCAAAGUACUAAUGCGGCAAUACGCAGAGAAUAUUAAGAAACAAAAUCGAGAAAAAUGUCAAAUAAUUUCGAUUGGUAUGAAAUGGUCUUAUGGAAUACAUUCUUUAACAAGCAGUUAUAUUAUGGAUCCUUUGGUGAUCAUUGCAAACAAAAUUGAAGCUACUCUAUAUGCAAAAGUUCCUUUCGUGGUGGAAUUGUGUACUUCCUGCGAUCGACUUGACAGUUUAAUUGGAUUUCUGGAAACAGAUGCAGUCAAUGAAAACACUAUAGUUUUCACAAAUUCAGCAAAAUCUGCAGAGGAUCUUCAAAAGCAACUGUUUCAGUACAGUUUAUGUUGUGAUGUAUUGACAGAAUUCCAUCCGCCGAUAGAAAUGAAGGAUAUUAUAUCAAUGUGGCAUGCUGCUUCUCAAAAGAGAAAAAAUAAUAUUCUGAUAAUUAGUGAUAAUGCUGUUUUGAGUGCUGGUAUCAAAAAUGCAACUUGUGUUGUCCAUUAUGAUUUUGCACAGAAGAAAAGUGACUUUGGAAACCGAUUAAAUUGUCUGCUUGAUUCAAUUCGUGAAAAUGAAAACAAGGAUACGAAAAAAGAAUUAACUUCACAUGUCUUCGUUACGGAGCAAGACAAUGGAAUGAGAUAUUCCACAUGUCUUGUAAAACUACUUAAAAGGUCUGGUCAACAUGUUCCUGCAGUUCUAAAAACAAUGGCAACAGCAUCAAGAGAACUAAAAGAAGAACAGAAGAUGUUUUAUGAACUUUGUCCUCGCUUGAAACUGUUUGGGGAAUGCAGUUUCAUUGAGGAUUGCCAAGAAAGACAUAGAAUUUUCAUUGAUAAAGACUUGCUUGGGUUGUGCCCUUCUACAGGAUUUAUUAAGGUUAUAAUUCUUGAUGUUAUUUCUGCGUCUAAUUUCUGGGGAAGGAUUAUUGAACAUCGUUUGCCAUAUGAUCCAAAUCACACAGCGUACGAUACCACGCUCUAUGUGAAACUUUCCAUGGAUUUGCAGUUCUUUUACUCCAACCCUGUAUUACGUAAGAAAUGUUGCAAAGCAGAAAAGUAUGAUGUGUGUGUUAUCAACACGAUAGAAUGCGGAUACCAAAGAGUGCGAAUAGAAGAUAUUGUUGAAAAAGAUCUUGAGCGUCCAAAAAAAUUAAAGGUUUUUGGAAUUGAUGCUGGAUUUACGAAAGUUGUCAGUUUUGAUGAAUUAAUGAUUUGUGAAGAAAAGUUUAUAAAUAUCUCUCCACAGGCAGUGGAAAUAAUUGCUUGUUGUGUAAAACCUACUGAGAAGGGAAUAAGUUGGACGCAUGAGGCGUCUUUAUACAUUGAGAAAUCUGUUCUUAACCGAACACUGGAAGGACGAGUUCAGUUCAGUCUUCAAAAUACGAUAUGGGUUGAUCCCCUGGUAGAGAAGGAAGAACUGGCUGGCAUCAAAACAAAAGCCUACAGAAUUGAUGUUGGACGUGAUUUAUUGCAGCAUGGAUUUGCAGAGAAAAAUCUUAGCCAUGUUGACAAACUGCGAAAACUACUGUAUGAUGUACAAGGUCAUCCCAUUCCACUGUCAACUGCCAAACAAAGUCUGCCAUUACCAAUGGUUGAACAUGACUCAGCAUAUUUACAAGAUGACGACUAUGAAGAAGUUUAUGUGUCGUCUGUAUCUAAUCCAGGAUUAUUUUUUGUUCAAAGAAUGGAACAGUGUAAAGUUGUUGAAAAACUUGAUGACAAGAUUGAUGCUACAAUGGCAGUGACAAAAAUUAACAGUGACAUUGCUGAUGAUACAUUUCCUAUUGGUUAUGUCUGUGUUGCACAGUAUUCUGUUGAUAAAAGGUGGUACAGAGCGAAAGUUCUGGGAGUCAGUGGUGAUCAAUUGAAAUAUGAUAUAUUUUUUGUUGAUCAUGGUGAUCGUCAAUGGAUCAGCAAAAGUAAAGUUUACCCAGCAUCGAGUGACAUAUUAACACUACCUUUUCAAGCUAUACAGUGCUCAUUCAACAACAUCACACCAAUAAGCGGAGAAUGGAAUAAAGAAGAUGGAGAUGCAUUAUGGGAUUUAGUCGAAGAUAAAUUGUUGUAUGUAAAGGUUUUAAAGACCACCGCAUCAUCAUAUGUUUGUGACACUGUGAGUUAUGAAAUUGAGCUUUGUGAUACAACGGGGGAACAAAAUAAAAACAUAUCACAUGAACUGGUUUACAUGGGUGUUGCACAUGGAUCCUUACAAUGUUUACAGGAAAUAUUUCCACAUGCAUCUGUAAAUAAAGACACAAGAGUAUAUGGGAAUGAAAUCGACAAAUCUCCAGAUCUUUGCGUAGAGAUACAUUUAGUGCAGGAUUUACAGACAAAGAUUGAAAAAGCUCGUGAACUACAGUCUAUUUUGUUUGAUUCGCCUCAAGAUUGCGAUUUGUUAAUCGAGAACGGAGCUGUGCAAUCUCUUUGUAGUCUUUUAGCGCUGUGUAAACAAUGUGAGGUGCAAGAAGUGUUAUUACAAUGUCUACAACACGUUUACACGAAACACAUCAGAUGUCGGGAAGUGGUUUCAGAUCAGGACAUGUUAAAAGUAUUGUGUGAUAUGUUGGAAAAGGCAUUUUCAGAUCAUUUGAAAGAAAGUAUAGUUUCGACUUUGAUGAUUUGUGCCAGUGAUCCAUGGUAUCAUCACGUGCUACAUAAUUUGGGAUUAAUGAAAACGUUAUGCCCAUUUCUACAUUCUGAAUGUGAUGUUGAGCUACUGAAAACUAGUCUGGAAGCCAUAGCAAUGUUUUGUUAUGAUAACGAAUCGAACCGUGCUUCAUUUCGUCAAGAAGACGGUCUAAAAUCGUUGUGUGGUAUCUUUCAACAUUCCAAAAAUGAAGUGAUACUGGAGUAUUGCGCAAAAGCCUUUCACAGCCUUCUUCUUAGUUUAAGGAACCAAGAGCACAUGCGCGAUAUUGGAGGACUUUCAAUUUUAUCAACACUUUCAAAUAAACAGUUGAAUGAGAAGGCGUUGAAAAGCACGUUGGAAAGUUUACUUUUGUGUAUUAACAACAAUGAAACUAAUAAAGAAUAUCUCUUCAAAAUAAAAGCACACGAACAUUUACAAAGAUGCGCCAUCUUUGAUGUUUUGUAUGUUAGAUGCGCCAUCUUGCCACUUCGUUACAGUAUGACUGUGAGAAAACUUUUUAAUGACGUCAUCACUAAGAUAAAGAGUGAAGAAAACGCAAAAGCUCCUGCCGACAGACUCCAACAAUUAAAACAAAUGGAAGAGAGAGAGAUGAUGCACAAACUUGAAAACGAAUGUGUGGACGAUGAUACCAUAACUACGACGCUGGCACCUAACACUGCUUGGUCACAGCGAAGAAACACCGUGACAAUAUCGAUUCAACUUCGUGGUGUGAGGUCGGAAAAAACCGACAUAUUAGAAAACUCAGUGAAAUUUAGGACUGUUCUCAAUCGGGUAAAAUAUACGUUGGAUAUUGAACUAUAUGAUAAAGUUUGUGUAAAAGAAAGCCGUGUUUUGUUGAAAGGAGGGGAAGUGUUGCUUAUCUUACGUAAAGAAAAGCUUGGUGACAUAUGGCCUCGUUUGAUGAAAACCACAGAAAAGUCACCUUACAUUCGAAUUGAUUUUGAUCGUUGGGUCGAUGAAUAUCCUGAGCAUGAUUUAAAUACCACAGAAGAGGAAGGAACAUUUUUACCUGGUUUACCGAAGCCUCCGCCGUGUCGAUCAUAUAAAUUAAGUGAAGCUCGUUUGGCAACGCUUGAUAGUAGCAGCAACGGUGGAGAGAGUUCUGAUGAAAAUGAGGACGAGGAGGAUGAAGAUGUUUUGGCAGGAUAUACAGAAGGAACAAGAGAUGACUAUUUCAAAUUGUGAAUGAUUGCUCCUGAAGUGGUUGACUUGACGUCUUCCUGUUAACAAGCAGAGAAGUGUAUAUUAAGAUGUGUUGGGAAUUCGAAAGGACUAAAAUAUGUCAAAGAAUUUAGUAAACUUUACGAAACAAACAGCUUUGUUUUGUUGAUAUAGUUUUGAAGACGUGUUUUUACUACAAUGCGCUGGUUUAUACGAAAUAAAAACUUAUAUUUCUCACAAAAA